AUUCCAGGUGGGACUUACAAGCUUGGUGCUGGCUAGAACCAGUUUUUCUUCUUUCCUAGGUCACAAAAGGGGAGGAAUCACAGCAGCGGGAGUGACACUUCUGCGAGUUAAGACUGCAUUGGAGAGCUUGCUUCUCUUUCCACUUCAUCAGGUAGCUUCCAGUCCUGCUUAGAUACAAUUUAAUAUACACUGACCUGGCCUAAGAAACUUAGGCUGGAACAUUAACAAAUUAUAUAUUUUGGAACAACUGUAUUGUUACUGAACAAUGUCUUCAAUCUUAAAAGCAUUUGGGAGAGAAGAGAAAGAAAAGAAAGAUGAAAAGGACAAAGGAAAAGACCAUAAAGACCAUAAAGACCAUAAAGACCAUAAAGUUGGAGACAAGAAAGACAAGAAAAAGAAAAAGGAGAAAAAGGAGAAAAAGCAUGAUGGGCAAGAUGAUGACAGCUCCAGCAGUAGCAGCAGCUCUGACAGUGAUUCUGGAAAGGCUCACAGUGGUGAUAAGAAGAAAAAGGAAGAGAAAUGACUUUGAGGCAGUCUACACCUUCCAGCUGAAUUAAAGCUGAACUAGUGAAGGGUAUUCGUUGGGCAUUGGGAGAGAAGAAGAAAACUCUGUUCAUUCCCAUCAAAAUAAAAUGUCUUUAUUUUGGUUUACAUUAACAAUAA